GGACUUGGUAAACAAGAUAACCCAAAGGCCUUAAGCUUGUCAUGGCACCUCAUGCCUCCCCUUCUGUUGCCCCUCCAGAUAGCCGACCUACAAAACGACCUCGUUUAUCCAAAUCUACUCAUCGCGUUCUUAAUGUUUGGGCUCAGCUCGCCGAACGCUACAACAAACGUCUCGACGAAGAUGAUAUUGUCGACCUUUAUAGCGGCACCAUAAUCAGUGACAGAGGAGUCCUAAAGAACGGAAAGGACUAUGAUUUUGGUCAUUUUGCUUCCGAUGAUAGUCAGGAUGACCCAGAUCAGGAGCAGGAGCAGGAGCCCGGCGAGCAGGAGCAGGAUGAUGACGUCGAUGAAUUGGACACUCUACCCGUUCGGCGCGCGCCCGACGGUACUAUGGCAUCAACUUCUGAGUUGCUUCGUGCCGUGCCACCUCUUUCAGCAACAACAGACACUGACGAUCUCAAUGACUUUUUGGAGGCUGAAAAGAGACGGAGAGAGCUGUUGGGGGAUGAGGACGGUGAUGAUGACUUGUCUGUGGAAGAACUAGCUGUGAUACGAGAGGCUUUACACGAGUCGGAGGAAGAUGAAGAGCAACCGGAGACCGUUGAUCCAGAAGCCAUAGAAGACGAGUCUGAAGAUGAACUUAAUAGCAUAUGGCAGCACGACGAGGCUAGUGCUGUGUAUCACAUCCCCCGCAAUGAAUCUGAACAGGAUUCUGCGGAAGGUGAGCAAAAAGUCCUAGAGUUCGCUGAUUCUGACGAGGAGUUUGCUGCGCUCCUCGAACGACCACCACAAGCUGGAAAGCGAAAGCGAAACUCUUCACCAUCAUUUUCUCUACGAGGAUCUUCUCCAUCUUCACACCGUUAUACAUCAUCUGAAAGCACUCUAGUACCUGAUACACCUUCGACUACAGCAAGCACCCGUUUCGCGUCUCGUACGCCGCAGACUCAAGUCUACCCUUUCGCCACCCCCUCCAUUGAUCCCACUCGACCAUCGCCGCGGACUCAAGUUUACCCUUUUGCCACCCCCUCCAUCGCUCCCACUCAACCAUCACCGCGGACUCAAGUUUACCCUUUUGCCACCCCCUCCAUCGACCCCACUCAACCACCACAACUCCUUCUCUACCAUGCAAUGCACCAACUAUCAUAUGCUUUGUCCGCCACGAUGUCGACAUAUGGCUCACCUCAAAUGCCUCCGCCAUCGACAGGUCCGUGGGGUGUGUACCCCCUAGGUUUUGCGCAUCCUUGGGGGCCACAAGGGACGUCUGAAGCAUCACACUCUUUUAAGCUGGACGAUAAUGUACAUGACGAUGGACGGCCAGACGAUGAAAGUACAGUCGUGGACCAUGAUGGUGGUGCACUAGAGAAUGGCAGAAGGCGGAGGCGGUCCACAAGUCCCAUAGGUCCAAGGAGGGAUGCGAGGAAGAUUGAGCGCCGGAAGUCUACCCGAUUUUAUGACGAAAAAUAUCAGGAACAGCGUAUCGUGGCGAAGGGACAAACACCUGGUACUCCAUCUACUACCCGUAGUCUUACGGGGUCCACUAACACGAACAAGAAGAAGGGGAAGGCAAAACGCAAGUCGUAAGCUGUAUGAUCUUCAUCCCGUUGUGUAUUUAAGCAGUAUGUAUUGGACAUCUUGGGUAUGAAGAAAAACUAUUAAAAUCUGUUGUACUGUUAGUAUCUAUUUUUGCUACCUUCAUCAUAUACCCUCAUAGAUGGUGAUCAAGAUUGAUACAGACUUGUAAUAGUACGUAGGAGAACCAAUGAGGUCUUUAGCGUAUCAAUAUAUCAACACCCACACUUGUCUGUCAAGUAG